AGGUGGAAUCCGCCCGCUGCUCCCUCUCCCUGGUUGACGAGCCGCUAGAGAAAAUGGAGCCUAGCAAGAUGGCGCCUCCCAAGAACGCUCCGAGAGAUGCCUUGGUGAUGGCCCAGAUCCUGAAGGACAUGGGAAUCACAGAGUACGAGCCAAGGGUUAUAAAUCAAAUGCUGGAAUUUGCUUUCCGCUAUGUGACUACCAUUCUCGAUGAUGCAAAAAUUUAUUCAAGUCAUGCUAAGAAACCUACUGUUGAUGCGGAUGACGUGAGACUGGCCAUCCAGUGUCGGGCUGACCAGUCUUUUACCUCUCCUCCCCCAAGAGAUUUUUUACUAGAUAUUGCAAGGCAGAAAAAUCAAACUCCUUUGCCACUGAUUAAGCCAUAUGCAGGACCUAGACUGCCACCUGAUAGAUACUGCUUAACGGCUCCAAACUAUAGGCUGAAGUCCUUAAUUAAAAAGGGACCUAACCAAGGAAGACUUGUUCCUAGAUUAAAUGUCGGUGCUGCUAGUAGCAGACCUUCUACUCCUACUGUAGCACCCCCACAAGCAGGAUCUGUCCCAAAUAAAGUUCCAACUCCAGUGUCAGUAACCAGCCAAAGAUUUGCAGUGCAGAUUCCACCUUCUCAAGCCACACCUGCCAAACCAGCUCCUGCAACAACUUCAGUCCAAAAUGUUCUGAUUAAUCCUUCCAUGAUUGGGCCCAAAAAUAUUCUCAUUACCAACAUGGUUUCCUCACAGAACAUAGCCAGCGACUCAAACCCACUGAAGAGGAAGCAUGAUGAUGACGAUGAUGAUGAUGAUGACGAUGACACUAUGUAAGGAAUGUCUAUUUUACAUGCAUUAUAAUUGUCAUGCCCAUAUGGUAACUGAACAGCCCAAUUCUUUGUAAGUUUUAUCUUUAGAAAUUUAGUGGCAAUAUUUUUCACAUUAGUUACACCUUGAUAGGAUUUGUUAUGAGUGAAAAUAUUUUCUCAGUAGGCUUCAGGUAUACAAGUACUUGCUUCUAGACAGCUUCAUUAAUGGUGAGUGUUGCCAUGGCAAUUCUAUUUUUAGAAGCAGUUUUCUGCCAUGUGUCACUGACAGCAGCACUUGGAUUUCAGUUCCUAGUCUCAUUUACAUUUAAACCUGACUUUCUUUUGUUAGGUGAGCCAUUCACAUUAGCACCUUUUUAAUCAAAUCUCUCAAUUUAGGAAACUGUUUUUGAAAUAGUGGAUUUAGAGGGGUGCUAAAUCUAUUUUGAACAUAUUUGGGUUUUAGUCUUUUCUAACUCCCCACCUCAACUCGUUACCUAGAUUCCAUUUGCUUUCUCUUCCCCUGUCUCAUGGCCUUAAGUCACUUGCCAUUGCCCUUAAAUCUAAAAGACUGUCCCUGGAAUUUGUAAUAAGCCCUAGAUGCCUGGCAUUCAUUCUACAGUUCCAUUGGAUCUGAGUGUCUACAUUUGCUCUUUUUCACUCGUUAACAGAGCAUUUGGGUCUCAGCCCUUGCCUUUCAGACCUGUUAAGCUUUUCUCAUUGACAGGCAGUGUUGCAUCAGCUACGUUCCAAGUUGACAGCAUCAGGGCCUUUCAUUUUAAUAACUAACUGAAAACCUGCCUUGGUAACUUAACACUGGACCUGGACAAAACCACUGAAGAGCAAAUGUUUUCAGUUGUUUUUCUUAGCACCUGCAUAUAUGCUUUGGCCACUACUGCUUGAACCAGUCUGUUGGUUCCAUUCCGAUCACCUUUCUAGCUGCUGCUGAGGGUGUCAAGCCUAAAGGUAGAUUCUAAUGAUCCGCCUUCCCUAGCAGGCUAACAGGGAAAACAGAUUAGUGUCAUCUGACUCCAUUUAGAUGUGACCUACAGAAUUUCCCAACCAUUAUUUCUAACGCCUUCUAUUUUGUUUUUUCUUUUUCCUUGUCUUUGGUUUUUCAAGACAAGAUUUCUCUGUGUAGCCUUGGCUGUCCUGGACUCGUAGACCAGGCUGACCUCAAACUCAGAUCCAACUGUCUCUGCCUCCCCCAGUGCUGGGAUUUCAGGUGUGCGCCACCAGGCCCUGGCUUUCUAUUUUGUUUUUAUACACACCUACAAGAAUCAUUGGGAAAGUCAGCAAAGCUUUUUUUUUUUUUUUAAGUAUAAAGAGAACUUUUUGGUUUUAAGUUCCAUGUAGCCAACACUGGAAAAACAUAAGCAGACGUUUCUGAAGCCUUUAUGUUACUUAGAAUUUAUAGCCAAUGGGUCAUCAAAACUUAAUAGUAUCAGCAAAGGAUGAUAUUUGACAUAUGAAAAAUAGUACAGUAACAAGACAAAUGUUUCAUCCCAGUUUGAAUGUUUAGGAAUGUUAGGGAAAGUUUAUCUGAUCAAUAUAAGAGAAACGUGCUUUAUACAACAGGGAUGUCACUACUUGAAUGUUCUCAGGGAGGCCAAAUAUCAGAAAGCUUAGGUUCUAGUACUACUUUCAUUUACCAACAAUGUGACCUUACUUUACCUCUGAGCCUUGUUCUCACUAGUAAUAGGGAAAUAACAACUACCCUGCCUACCUCACAGGGAUGUUGUGAGGGUUUAGUUUAGUGGUAUGUGAAAGUUCUCAAGAUUAUAAAAACUAUUAAUUAUUAAUGUAUUUGUUCCAAGGUUAUUAAUAAAAAAUUAACUAUCA